AUGGUGGAGCCAAAUAGGUCUAAGCAAUUAAAGAGGGGUCGACAACAAGGUGAAGGUUCAAGUCGCGCUGUGGAUGAAACCGGUGGAGGAGACGAAACCCCAAGUGAUGAGGAAGUUCGUCCCAAAACUCGUGGUAAACAAGGAGGUGGUAAGAAGAGUCGACAACAAGGACAAGGUUCAAGUCACGCUGAUGAGGAAACCCCAAAUGAUGAGGAAGUUCAACCUAAAUCUCGUGGUAAACAAGGAGGUGGUAAGAGGGGUCGACAACAAGGAGAAGGUCCAAGUCGCGCUGUGGAGGAAACCGGUCGAGGAUACGAUACCACAAGUGAUGAGGAAGUUUGUCCCAAAACUCGUGGUAAACAAGGAGGUGGCAAGAGGGGUCGUAAAAGUGGUCGUUAG